CUCACCUCUCCAAAGGUCCUCCUAAGGAGCAAAAUCCACGAUUUGUAGCCAUCGACCACGACAGCAACAACGCCCCGUUUAUCUCCGUUUUACAUCGCUGGAACUCUCUGGCUUCACAGAUCUCAUGCACUUCUGUUCUUGCCCCAAAUCGCGGUGCAACGGCCUGUUCAGGCGCGCCUAAUUCACGAUGCCUGACAUAGACCCUUCCGCAUUGAUGACUUCGAGUCGCAUAUCCACGACGCCGAUUCUGCCUCCAAAGACCAUAAGUGCAUCUGCGCCGGUUGCGCCGAAAGUUUCCAAAAGCAACCAUGUUCCACCUCGUAUUGAUCUCGAACCGCUCUACACGGCACUCAAGAGUGCAAUAGGCGAGUAUUGGGGGACAUAUAAAGAAUCUAUCAGCCUUUUUGUUAUGGGUUCGUACAAGUUGUUAUGAUGUUUUAGAUUCUCGGAGGAAACUGCGCCUUUGCGCAUUUUGGCCAAUUGCUAAUAUUCCCCCUACAGGCCAAUUGAACCAAAAAGAACUAUCCGAGCGUAUCGACAGUUUCCUUAUAACACCAACCGGAGAGAUAGAGCAUCUACAUAAUCAGUUGGUCUCAGCCAUAUACGCAAAUGUUACAAGAGAGAUGCCAGAUCAUGGCGUGGCCAGUUGGGUCAGCGCAAAUGAUAAGCCUACGACAGGGGCUGGGAGCAAGCCGGUUAGUGGAGAUGCUGCAGAGCAGCGACUGAAGACCGAGGUCAUGCAGUUGCCGAGUCGCGAUAGAAGGAGACUGAAAGAUCUCAGUCAAAACGAUUUUGAUCCUCGCCUGGACAUGGCCAACAUUUUCGGAGAACAACAUAGGCCAAAGCCUCCACGAUCUGUAGAUCCUGUUCCAGCGAGUGCGGGCGGCCUGAACAAAACAAACUGGGAUUUGGAAAUCCGGAAGCGAUACGCUCAGCCUCUGGCUUCGGAAUCAGGAGAGUUUCCAGACACCUCUACUAUUGAGUCGCGAAUGCUGCCUAUUUGUUACGAGACUGGUCUUGUCUCCGGACAUGUGCCGGAUGCUGCUCAUUUCAUGUCCGUUGCAACGGAGACUUUCAUAAAGGAGGUACUAUCGUCGGUUUUCAGUAAAACGAGAAGCAACGGUCCUGGUGCUAGUGGCAGCGCAGGUACCGGAGGUGGGUCCAGUUGGAUUCAAACCCACAAAUAUCGGGCCCAGCUGGAAAGAGAGGAAGAAGGUUCAUUACGCGGGGAGAUUCAACGGGAUAAGAGUGGCCUGCUGCCCAUAGAAGCGAAAGCUGCUAGCGAGCGCGGACCUCUUGGAAUGGCGGACUUCCGUACGGCUCUUGAGUUGGGUGAUUGCGGGCUUGGACAGAUGCCUGUUGUGGUACAACAGAUCAUGAUGGGCUAUCGCGAGGGGGAAGUGGAAGCCUGGGAUGACUAUUCCUGGCCUGAGACUUACCCCAAGAUCUUCGAUCAAGACCUUGACGGCGACAUCGAAAUGGGAGGAAUGCAUAGUGCCAAUGGUAUUAAUGGUGUAAAUGGCCAUUUCGAUGUAGAGGAUGAUACUUAUGGCUGGGAAGGUGGUGAGAUGGAGGACAAGACCUCACUCGACAGCUUGCUAGAUUCCUGUCUCGCAAUUGGCUCUUGAUCUCGCUGUCUCCGCGAGUGUUGGCAUCGGUGGCGUUCGCAUUGCUAUUUUGGGAAAGUGCAUAGCAUGGCAGGUACGGAGUUCAUGGAUCUGGACUAUGUACAGUACUAUUUGAUUGUAAAUGGGUGCAUAGGUUGUGGCGUCUGGGUCAGGGAUGGAAUACUGUACUUGGACGAUACCCUGGUUUGAUUUUGAGUCGUUGAACAUAUAACGGCGAAUAAAACGAUUGAUAUCAAGUCAUGUAGCUGAAUAAUAUAUG